GUGGCGGCCGGUACUUAAAAUCAUAUGUAUAACUCAUAAACAGAAAAUACACAAAUGAAUCAUGGGUUUACAUAUUACUCUAAAGUUCCAGUGUUUCCUCCUGGUACUAUGUCUGCAAUUAGCAUCUACUACAGAAACGCCGAUCAUCGCUUCCAAAGUAAUUACCAAGCCUGGCUGCCAAGACAAGUGUGGGAAUGUUAGCAUACCCUACCCAUUCGGUAUCGGCAAUGGUUGUUUCAUGCCUAGGUUCGAAAUAAAAUGCAACGACAGCACCAGAGCAGUGUAUGGUUCCAACUUAAAUGUUUCAAACAUAUCAAUACUCGAUGGAGAAAUGACAACCACACUGGGAAUAGUCGCUAAUUGUUCAGAUAAGAGUAUACAAACCAACAAUGAGUGGACUGGGGCACAAUUUCGUAAGUUUACCUUCUCAAAUACAAAAAACAAGUUCAUAGCUAUUGGUUGUGACACCUUGGCGUUUAUAGUAGGGACGACUGGUUAUAACUCAUCGGUGGGAACAGGGUGUAUGUCGUACUGCAAUAAAAUAGAAGAUACCACUGAUGGAAUUUGCAACGGUGUUGGUUGUUGCGAGGCCACCAUUCCAGCUGGGCUUAUGAAAUAUGAAACGAGACUUGGAAGCAUGUAUAGUCCCCGCAAGAAUUUGAGUUUCAAUCCUUGUAGUUACGCGUUUUUAGCUGAAAAAAGCUCAUUCAACUUUUCUUCAUCAUACCUCAAAAAUUUCAACAAUCAUGGGACCGUAAGGGUUCCGGUAGUCGUCGAUUGGACUAUUGGUAAUGAAACAUGUGAGGAAGCUAAAAGAAACAUAACGAGCUAUGCAUGUGGACCUAACACUGACUGCAUACAACGCAAUAUUGUUAACGUCCAAGGUUAUCGAUGUAGUUGUAAAAUGGGAUACCAAGGGAAUCCCUAUCUCAACAGUACUUCUGGUGGUCAUUGCCAAGAUAUUAAUGAAUGCAUUACGGGUGUACAUAACUGUAGUACUGAAAGACCAGGAAGUAUUUGCAUGAAUAUGGAAGGAAGCUACUAUUGUUCUUGCGAACAGGGGGAAUGCUCAUCUCUUAACCACAGUCGGAGUAUAUUUAACAAGAUUGUAGUCGGGGCUAGCCUAAGCUUAUGGCUUCUACUUGUGACUGGCUUCUGGCUGUAUUGGGUAUAUAGGAAAAGAAAGCACAUGAAAGUCAAGGAGGAAUUCUUUAAGCAAAAUGGUGGGUUGAUUUUGAAUCGACUCCUUGAUGAAAGGGAAGAAGAUAUCGAGACUAGUAGAAGUGGCAGAGGAGAAAAGAAGCACCGAUCAGUCGCUACAAUAUACACCGAGAAGGAGCUAAGCAAGGCGACUAACAACUAUCAUGACAGUCAAAUUCUUGGACGAGGAGGGUUUGGUACGGUUUAUAAAGGAACUUUAUCGAAUGGAAACGUAGUUGCUAUUAAGAAGACAAAAAUAGUUAAUAUGGAUCAAAAUGAGCAGUUCAUAAAUGAAAUUGCUGUUCUAUCACAAAUCAACCACAAAAAUGUUGUUCAGCUCUUGGGUUGCUGUCUCGAGAGUGAAGUUCCUUUACUAGUUUAUGAAUAUGUUGGUAAUGGGACUCUUUACCAACAUUUACAUGAACAUCUUGAGAACCAAGACAGGCCUCCUUUUCUUUCAUGGGAAAGUCGUUUAAGGAUAGCCUCGGAAGUGGCAGGUUCAUUAGCUUACUUGCACGCUGAAGCUUCCAUACCCAUAAUCCACAGAGACGUCAAGUCAAGUAAUGUACUUCUAGAUGAUGAGUACAGAGCAAAAGUUUCAGAUUUUGGUGCUUCCAGGUUGAAUCCUACUGAUCAAGCUCAGUUAAGCACAAUAGUUCAAGGUACAUUUGGGUACUUGGAUCCAGAAUACAUGCUAUCAAGCCAAUUAACGGACAAAAGCGAUGUUUACAGCUUCGGCGUUCUUCUUGUGGAACUGCUAACAGGUAAAGCAAUAUUUUCUCUAGACAGACCUGAAGAGGACAGAAAUCUGGCAAACUAUUUCCUUUCUUCUAUGAAAACCAACAGGUUGUUUGCAAUUCUCGACAGUAGUUUGGUACAAAAUGAUAAUGAACGAGUCAGUAGUGUGCAUGGGCACCAACAAAUCCAACAAAUGGCUGAACUUGCACAGAAAUGCUUAAGAGUGAAAGGGGACAAGAGACCCACAAUGAAAGAAGUAGCAAUGGUGUUACACGGAUUAAUGAUGAUUUCUGAGUUACCCUGGCAUCCUGGAUGACGAGGAUACAACAUAUACAACUAAAGAAGAACGCAUGCUCUUGUUAGAGUCGGCAGAAUUACUAUCUUACACAGAUAGUAUAACAACUAUUGGUGAUAGCAGCAAAGGGAUAUCAGCAUUAGAAACUGAGGGACGUUAAGUUAAAGUAUUUAUGUUGUGUAUGAAUAAUAUCAUUUCCUUGUUUGUUAUUUCGAAGCAACUUAUAGGUCUAGACUAGAAUAAACUGCACGAUGUCCAGUAUACUUCAAUAAAUGGGAAUAUUAUCUAUAUAUCCCUCCUAUGAGACCCAUU